AUGACAUCGAUAGGCACGGGUUAUGAUUUGCUCAACUCCAUCUUCUCUCCUGAUGGACGCAACUUCCAGGUCGAAUACGCAGUCAAGGCAGUAGAGAAUGGCGGUACCUCGAUCGGUAUUCGAGCUAAGGAUGGUGUUGUCCUGGCUAUCGAGAAGGUCGUUUCAUCCAAGCUCUUAAAACCCGGUGCCAACAAGCGUAUUGCAACCAUCGAUAGCCAUGUCGGAGCUGUAUCUUCUGGUAUGGUCCCUGAUGGACGUCACUUCGUUGAUCGCGCUCGCGACGAGGCCCAGAGCUGGCGACAGAACUUCAAGACCCCCAUCCCCACAUCCGAUCUUGCCAGCCGCAUGGGUGGCUACCUUCAGGCCUACACCAUGUACGGAUCAGUUCGACCAUUUGGCAUCACCGCUAUCGUGGGCGGCUACGAUACUCCCGAAGAGACCCCUGUCGAUGGAGAGGUUGGCUCAGGACCCAAGGUUGGCGCCGGUGGCAAGGUCGAGGGCAAGCACGGCGGUCCUUUCCUUUACAUGAUCGAGCCCAGUGGUAUGUACUGGGGUUACUACGGAGCGGCUACAGGCAAGGGUCGACAGGCUGCCAAGGCCGAGUUGGAGAAGCUUGACCUACCCGCUGGUAACAUUACCCUAGAGGAAGCUGUGAAGCAGGCUGCACGCAUCAUCUACAUUGCGCAGAAGGACAACAAGGAUAAGGAUUUUGAGUUGGAGAUGACCUGGAUCAGUGGGCCUGACGGCCCUACCAAGGGACGACAUGUUGAGGUGCCAAAGGAGCUACGGGAAGAGGCUGAACGAUUAGCAAAGGCUGAGGACGAUGAUGAUGACGACGAUGAGGAUGAGGAUGCAGAGGAUGACAAGAUGGAGGAUUAG